AUGAAAAAAACAAUUAAAAAUGAAGAACCUUUAAGAGAAAAAUUAUCCUAAACAAUGUUUAAAGGAAGCAGUGAUAACAAUCAACCUAUCUUAAUAAAAGGAUUGGGUUAAGAAUUCUCAACAAACAUUCUUGAAAACAUUUAAAGAACUCAUUCUUUCUCCAAACCAUUUCAACAAGCACCAAAAGAGGAUAGUUAAAAUUAGCCAAAGACACCAACAAUGAAAAAUGACAUAGGAAUGAUUUAAUCAAUACAUAUUAAGAAACCACCAAAGUCUGUCUUGAAAAUUUCAAGGUUUGUUGGAGAUGCGAAAUGGCCAUUUUUUAGAGUUAAGAAAGAUGAAACUGUAAAGCAAUUUUGGAAUAGAAGGACUUAACAAGAUCAUCAUAGAAAUUGGAAUAGUGAAGGGUAUUUGUUUGAAGGCAUAAUGCUUAGGAUUGGGAGAAAGAAAAAAAGCGUAAAAGGAUAUUAUUUUAAACUGACUUAUUCUGGGAUGCUGAUGUAUUUCAAAAAAGAGUCAGACAAAGAGCCGAAAGGUUUCGUGUAAUUGAGUAUGGAAAGCAGAGUUAUAAUCUCGUAUCAAAAAACUAAGAAAGGAUUGAAUGUGCCAGUCUUAUACAUAGAGAGAGUAGAGGGAAUUGGAAUAACCAUAUUUGAUCAUUAAAUCGAAUAGACUCUAAAAUUGUGUGAAGCACUCUAAGAAUUUUGUUUGAUGAGAGGAUAUGAUAGUGUGUACACCUAAAUAGAUACACUGGGAAAUGGGGCAUUUGCUACUGUGUUCAAGGUAUAACGAAAGAGAGACGAAUAGCAGUUUGCUGCCAAAGUCAUUUAUAGAAAUAUGUUCGAUGAAAAUAAACACAAAGAUAAAUUUAUAUAAAUGGUAUACAACGAAGUUAUAGCUUUGAAAACAUUAAGUCAUCCAGGAAUCGAGUAGAUCUACGAAGUUUAUUAGGAAAAAGAUAAAUUAGUUAUCAUCAUUGAAUAUUGUUAAGGAGGAACUCUUUAUCAAUUUUAUAAAUCCAAAGGGAAAUUAUCAGAAAAACAAAUUGCUUAGUUGAUUAAAGGGAUUUUGGAUGCUCUUUUUGAAAUGCAUUCGAAUGGAUUUGUCCAUCGAGAUCUGAAGUUGGAGAAUAUCAUGUUGGAAUCCAAGGAGCAUAUGCAAAUUAAAUUGGUUGAUUUUGGGUUUGCUGAAGAAAUUAAUGAAAAAGAGUUGAUAAGCAAAGCAGGCACACCUGGGUUCUUAGCACCAGAAAUCUUCCGUGGGUAUCCUUAUACAUAGAAAGGAGAUGUGUUUAGUGCAGGUUGUGUUUUAUACAUAUUGACAGCAGGAUAUGCUCCUUUCAGAGGUAAACCAAGUUAAAUUCAAUUGUUGAAUUCCAAGGGAUAAGUUAAUUAUGAGAAAUCUCCUUGGCCUGAUGUUAGCGUUGAGUUAAAGAGUCUUGUUAAGAAGAUGUUAGAACCAAAAUAAGAGGAUAGAUUCACUACUUUAGAGGCAUUGGAAUCCUCGUUUAUUUCUCAUUAUACAAAAAUAACCUCGGAAACCAAUUAUAAAUCAUUCUAGAUGGUUUCGGGGUUGGACUUUCACAACAAAUAAUCUGUCAAGAGUAUCAAGAAUUCUGAAUCUAAUGGUUCUAAAUAAAGUAAAGAAUUUCAGUUAGAUUUCUCCAUACAUACCAAUGACAUUAAGUCACUUUAUUAAAAAAACUCUAUUAAGACUCUUUAAUCCUAAAGGUCAGGCAGAGGAACUAUAAAACAAAGUAUGAUCCUUAAACAAUCCAUAUCUGUUCCAAAGGAUGCCAUUAUUGAGCAAUAUCAAUAAAAGAGGAAGCAAAGCCAUCCAGAUAGAGCAAGUUGCAAAGAUUCCGAUAAUGAUAUUGAUUCUUUUGGAGAACUGCUUAAAUUACAAUCGAUGAAAUUCACCACAUUCGAGGAUUUUGAUGCUCUAAAUUUUUCAUAAAUCAACUUCUUAACAGAAACAGGCUAGGUAUUCAAUAAGAUUAAAAGACCAUGGUGA